AUGCGUGAGAUCGCCGAAACAUACCUUGGACAGGAAGUGAAAAAUGCUGUGGUCACUGUACCUGCUUAUUUCAAUGAUGCUCAACGACAAGCAACAAAAGAUGCUGGCACAAUUGCUGGUUUGAAUGUCAUACGAGUUAUUAACGAACCAACAGCCGCAGCGAUUGCUUAUGGUUCAGAUAAAUUGGAAGGAAAAAGAGAAUUGGAAAAUAUUCUUGUCUAUGAUUUGGGUGGUGGAACAUUUGAUGUUUCAAUUGUAAAACGUGGAUAUCGUUCAUAUCGAGUACUUGCUACCAAUGGUGAUACACAUUUAGGUGGCGUAGAUUUCGAUCUUCGUGUUAUGAAUCAUUUCAUUAAAUUAUUUAAAAAGCAAAAUGGAAAAGAUGUACGAGGAGAUACUCGUGCUUUACAAAAACUUCGUCGUGAGGUGGAAAAAGCCAAGCGAAUAUUAUCCACAGAAAUGGAAACAAAACUUGAAAUUGAAUCAUUUUUUGACAACGAAGAUUUCAAAGCAACAUUAACACGUGAUAAAUUUGAAGAGCUCAAUAUGGAUCUAUUUCGUUUGACAUUAAAACCUAUUGAACAAGUUCUAAAAGAUGCAGAUUUAACAAAUACUGAUAUCGAUAAAAUAAUUCUCGUCGGUGGAUCGACGAGAAUACCUGCUAUUCGACAAAUUAUUAAAGAAUAUUUCAAUGGAACAGAACCAUCACAUAAUAUUAAUCCAGAUGAAGUUGUUGCAUCUGGUGCAGCGAUACUAGGAGCGAUUUUAUCGAAUGAAGAAAUCUAUCGUGAUACAGAAUUAUUGGAUGUAUGUCCAUUGACAAUGGGUAUUGAGAUAAAGGGGGAUGUUAUGUCCGAAAUGAUUCCACGAAAUACUGUUAUUCCUGUAAAGAAGACGGAUACAUAUACAACAACGAUCGAUAAUCAAACUACAGUGGCGAUUCGAGUAUUCGAAGGCGAACGAUCGACAAUAAAAGAUAAUCAUUUUUUGGGCAAAUUUGAGUUAACUGAUAUUCCACCUGCACUAAAAGGUGUACCCGUCAUUGAAGUGACAUUUGCCAUUGAUGUCAAUGGUAUUCUUGAGGUUACGGCUGAAGUCAAGGGCACGGAUAUCAAGAAAAAUAUUGUUAUUAAUACGGUUACAAAUCAUCUAUCACCUCAAGAGAUUGCUCGGAUGGUAAAAGAUGCAGAGAAGUUUGCAGAACAGGACAAACAAUUUAAAGAUCAAGUAAACGCAAGAAAUGACCUUGAGUCAUAUAUCUAUUCAUUAAAACGAAAAAUAGCAUCUGAAAAUUUAUCAUUAGAAGAUCAGACGACGAUUGAAAAUAUUAUUGCAAAACAAAUUGCAUGGCUUGAAUUAAAUCCAAAUGCUAAAAUUGAUCAACUUACAACACAAAAACAACAACUUCAAAGUGUCGCUACAUCAAUCUUAGACAAAUUAUCAAACGAAAAUGACGAUGCAAAAGACCCUGUACAAAGUGCUCGACGGUCAAUCUCGAGUUCAUCUACUAUCAAUGACAAUCGUUUUUCAUUACUCUGGAUUGAUGAUAAUGACAGAGAAUUUACUGAUGAUAAUUAUGAAACACAGCGGCUAUUGCGUCAGCAUUUACCCUCGAUCGAGCUCGAAUCAGAUAUUAGUGAUGCUAUCUUAUUUAUUAAUCGUGUUAAAUAUACUGAUAAAAUCCUUAUAAUUGUCGUUUCUGGUCAAAAGGCAUCACUUUUAUUUCAAUAUUUGACUUACUAUGAUUUGAAUGAGGAAGUCACAGCUUUAUAUAUCUUUUGCAACAAUCCAGAUACUUAUCAAACUUUGAAACAUGAUCGACUGUUUGGUAUUCUCAAUGAUCCGAAGCUUCUUGUUGCAUCGAUUCGUAUACUCAUGUACAAUUCAUUACAUGAGAGUGUCAAAACUUCCACAAAUCUUCUUGAUCAAGAACAAACAUGGGCACGAAUAAUUCCUGCAGUGACGACAAAACAAAUCUGGUACGAUCUUUACCUUGAAAAUCUCAAAGUUUUACCUAGAGAUGAUCAAGCGAAAGAAGAAAUGCUAGAAAAAAGUAAAGAAUACUAUGCUGAUGACACUGUAGAAUUACUUCAGAUUAUUCUUUUUCGCUACAACUAUACUACUACAACAGCCAUCGAAUGGUAUACUGAUGAUUCUUUUGUUCAUAAGCUGGUUAAUAAAGCAUUACGUAGUGAGAAUAUCGAACUUCUUUUUGCCUUUCGUUUUUUCAUUGGCGACUUGAGUACUGCAAUCAAACAAGAACAUGUAAAUCAACAAAAAAUACCCGGAACUAUCGCUUCAAAUUCUAGAACUGGUUCAAGUUCAGUCAUUAAAUUAUUUAGUGGACAGGUACUACCACGAAUGGAACUAGAAAGAUUAGAAGAGAACUUAGGCACUGUGAUUGCCAUUAAUAGUUUCUUCUCGACUUCAAUUAAACUGAAUGAAGCACGAGCAUUUGCUGAUCGUGGUGUAUUAAAUGCCAAUAUGGGAAAAGUACUCAUUGAAAUUUUACUGGAUACUUCAUUGCAAAAUAUCACCGCAUAUGCGCAAACCAACAACCGCACACAAUUUCUUACUGAAGAAGAAAUCGUCUUUGACUGUGGUGCUCUUUUUAAUGUUACUUCUGUCGAAUAUGAUCCGUUUACAAACAUUUGGAACAUCGAAAUGACAGCUGUAUCAAAAACAUCUAUCAACGAACAUCCGUACCUUACUACUAUCCGAGAAAUUUUCAUUCAGAAUCAUUCAGACGUUGUCACAUAUGGUAUCAUAAUGGAGCACGGUUUUGACAAGAAAGAUGAAGCAAUUCAGUAUUUUAAUCGAUUACUUUCGAAUUAUUGGUUUCAUUAUGAAGAUAUUCCAGAUAUUUUGCAACAAAGAGGUAUCUUAUAUGAAAAGAAUGGCGAAUCUGCUUUAGCUGUCCAUGAUUAUGAGCUGGCGCUUGAAUUUCAUCGUUUGAGAGUUCCUAAAAACUUGCCAGUAAUGGCCUCACUUUACAGUCAGAUUGGCAUCAUUCAAAUGACAACAUCUGACUAUCAAACUAGUCUCAACAGUUAUCAACAAGCAAUGGACAUUUAUGACCAGUUAUAUACGAAAGACCAUGAUCAUGUGGAUAAGGUAAAAGUGAAUGUAAAUAUUGGUUUAACUUAUCUACAUGCUGGUAACGCAUCUGAAGCCCUGAAAUAUCUAAUAUAUGCUCAAACAACUUAUAAACGAGUUUUACCUGAAAAACAUCUCUUUGCAGUUGAGCUUUUAGGACAUCUUGGAACUGUUUAUGAAACUACAGGUAAUUUUAUUUUGGCAAUGGAAUUGUUUUAUCAACAGUUACGUCAAAGUGAAGAAAUCUUGCCGUUAGAUCAUCCACAGCUAAUUACACCUCUUGGUGCCAUUAUGCGUGUCCAAACGAAGAUGAAUCAAACAUCAAACAUCAGUGCACUACUUAAUGAAUAUCAGCAGAAACUCAGCAAAACACUGGACUACCAUCAUCCAUCUCUUGUGCAUAUUAUUACUAUGACCGCUUCUCUUCUCGAAUCAUCAGAACCUGUUGAAGCUAUUCGCCUGUAUGAUCAAGUGUUUGAAAUUAGUCAAAAGUCAAAACAAUCAAAUUAUUCUUUAACGUUAAAAUUACACAGAAAGUUGGCAGAAUUAAACAAAAAAAUCGGCAAUCUAAUAGAAGCUCUUGAUCAUGCGCUUCAAGCUCUCAAAAUUCAACAACAAUUCUCGCUUGAGCAAGGAAAUCGAUUACUCGAAGCAGACGAUCUACAUACGAUCGGAUCGAUUUACUUGAAAAUGAACUUAUUUAUCGAUGCACUUCAAUAUUUAAUUAAAUCUCUAACUAUCUACCAAGCAGUCUAUGCGUCAGAUCAUCCUAGUAUACAAGCGGUUCUCAUUAAUAUCGCUCAAGCAGCCAAUCAAAGUCGAUCCAAUCAAUAA